GGGGGCGGGGUGGGGGGUCUACGAGAACUCCACUCGGCUGCGGAGACUCACUUGCCACAGUGCACGGCAGCAGACAGACGCACACACUCCACAUCGUCGGAUUUUUCUGCAGCGGCACCAAAUCCACCAAGGAAAACCAACUUGUCCUCUCCCCCCUCCCUUGCAGGAUCUUUACGCACAGCGGUGGCGACAUGCUGAAGAUGCGAAGAUGAGCCUCGCGCGGUUCUCCGUGCUGCUGAAGCAUCUCCUCUUCCUCUCUUCCUCCUGAUGAGGGGAGCAAAGAGGACGAAAACAAGGCUGACUCAUGUGUUCUUUCCCAAAAAGAAGCUCGCAAAGGUGGAGCAAUUAGAGCUGGGCUCAUGACGGAACUAUUAAUCCUUUCAGUGCACCAAAGAGGUUUGGAAACGUUUGGAUGGAAUUUGGACGAGUGUCUGCAACUAGAACUGUUUUUGGUCUUGUAUGAAACCGGUGAUUAGUUGUUCUUCCCUGAUGACUGCAUUGAGGAGUUUUUUGGGGGUUUUUUUAGGGAUGAGCAUGUUUCCCUGAAACUCACGUCUUGUUUUCUCUCCUAAAGUACUCGCACAUCUAAAUGGAAUUAGUUGAGUCCGCAGCCAUUUGUGAAAGGAACAGACAUGGUACAUGGGCACAGCUUCUAUCACGUUGUUGCAAGUCUUCUCCUCCUUGGCUUGUCUGGUGCAACAAAAAGAGAAACAUCAGUGAAAAACAAUUCUGGCGUGAAACCAGCUGGUGAGUGCGGAACGUGGGUGAAAGAACCAGAAGGAGGUCUCUUCACUUCUCCCAAUUACCCCAACAAAUACCCACCAGAUACAGAGUGCGUGUACAUCCUUGAAGCCCCGCCGAGGCAGUGCAUCGAGCUGCACUUUGAAGAUCACUAUUCCAUCGAGUCCUCUUGGGAAUGUAAAUUUGACAACAUCGAGGUUCGUGAUGGACCUUUCGGCUUCUCUCCCAUGCUCGGACGCUACUGUGGUCAGCACAGCCCGCCAGAUAUCAGGAGUAGCGGCCGCUACCUGUGGUUAAAAUUUGUGACGGACGGCGAAUUGGAGGCGGUGGGAUUUUCAGCCAAUUACAACUUCACUGCAGAUCCAGACUUUGCAGAUUUGGGAAUACCGCCACCUCUGCCCUCAUGUCAGUACAACAUGGUCGGUCCGGAAGGUAUCGUGGAGUCUCAUCAGAUCACCAGAGACGGGAAGGCUGGCGCCAACGAGGCCGUCGACUGCAAAUGGUACAUCCAGGCGCCACCGCACUCCAAGAUCUACCUACGUUUCCUCGACUAUGAGAUGGCUAACUCCAACGAGUGCAAGCGCAACUUUGUGGCAGUGUACGACGGUGGCAGUUCGGUGGAGGACCUGAAAAGCAAGUUCUGUUCCACGGUGGCCAAUGACCUCAUGUUGGUGUCGACCCUCGGCGUCAUCCGGAUGUGGGCAGAUGAAGCUAGUCGAAAAAGCCGCUUCCGCAUCCUUUUCACCACCUUCCAAGAACCUCCGUGUGAUCCAGAUGCCUUCUUCUGUCACAGUAACAUGUGCAUAAACAACACGCUGGUGUGCAAUGGCCAGCAGAACUGUGUGUACCCCUGGGAUGAGAAUCAAUGUAAAGAGAUGACGAAAGCCAACAUCCUGGACAACCUGAACAACACAAACGGGACCAUCAUCGGUGUCACGUGCUGUAUCGUCCUUCUCCUCCUCAUCAUCUCCGUUAUUGUUCAAAUCAAGCAGCCUCGCAAAAAGUACAUCCUCCGGCGCGAGGACUUUGACCCCACCAUGUUUCAAGAGGUCUUCGAGCCGCCUCACUACGAGCUGUGCACUUUGCGCAGCGCCACCGCCGCCACCUCAGCGGACUUGGUGGACCUAGCGGAGGACUUUGAGAACUACCACGCCCUCCGCCGUGCCUCCUCACGCUGCAUCCACGACCACCACUGUGGCUCCUCCUCCAACCCGGGCUCGGCCCACAUAUCCCAGCUGUCCCUCAGCGGACGAGGGAGCCGCGGCAACCUGAGCGCGCGGGACGCGGCGGCCGGCCUUCUGGCAGACCUCCCGCAGCCCCCCAUGUCCGUGCGGCCCCUGCUGCCCAGCUCGGCCAACCGUCGGAGCAUCUUGGUCAUGAAGCACAGCUACUCGCAAGAGGGAGCCGACAACGGUUGUGACCUAGACGACGACCUGGAUGAAGUUCCAACCACCAGCCACCGACUUUCACGCCACGAAAAGGCAGUACAGCGGUUCUGCCUCAUUGGCUCUUUGAGCAAACACGAAUCAGAGUACAACACAACUAGGGUCUAAGAGACAAUCUCAAGGUAAGCCCCCUUUGCUUCGUCUAACACUUUUGAUGAUGUAUCUUGUGUUGUCGCCUUUUGCUUUGAUGAAUGUUUUCCCUCUUUGUGUGUGUGUGUGUGUUUUUUUUUUACAAUUUUUUUCUACGAAGAUGGUUUUCUUGCUUGCAGCCAUCUUGGAACUUGUGUGUUUGUUUGAACAUAGAAUGCUCAAUUUUACUGCAUGGUUGUUGUUUUUUCCCUGGUAGACAAACUGUAGAUGCAUUGGAUGUUUGAUCUGCAUGGACUUGCUCGAUUUAUAUUUGUUACCGGUCUUAAUGUGUUAAUCCUUUUGUCCCCCCCCCAACAGCACAAAUGAGCAGCAGCUAGUAAAAAAAAAUGAUCUGAUGUGGGAUUUGAUACUAAACCAUGUUACAGUUAAAGUGAUACAUCCUUGUCAGUGACCAUAUAUUGUUAAGUCCACUGCCCAUUUUGUACAUAAAUGAUUUACAAUUGAUAGUUAAAGCCAUUGAAACGUUGUGGCGCGGUUCCCUCGGAUACCGCUAGAGGAAGCCAAUACACAACAAUAAGGAUCAUCACUGCGCUAAUUCUCAGUUUUUAACUUGUGUUCGGUUAUGUCAUAUUUUACAUGUCUAAGAUUUACUGAGGUUGAUCCCAGUGGAUUUUAUAGUCACUGGACACUUAAAUAAAUUUUUAGCAUAAAAAUCAA